CUUUUACUUGUAAGGGAGUAUUUUUACAUUGCUGUAUUUCUACUUUUACUUAUAAAGCAUCUGAAUACUUCUUUUGGACAAUUAGUAUGACGACGCAGCUGUCGCGAGUGUUCACAUAUCUUUUCAUAUUCACUUUUAUUUUGAAGGCAAACUCCCCUUCCACUUCUGUUUGAACUUGAUUUUAUUUUGAAGUUAUACACCACACUUCCGGUCUCAGCCAGCUGUUUUGCGGGCAGCCUGACACAGCUGCAGAUAUAAGUAUUUAUAAAGUAAGCGGAGUUCCCUGCUUCCAAACAGCUCGGAGGGAGCCGCGCACCCAACGCCGCAGUCAUCACUCUGAACCCGGCGUGUGUCUCCCUUGGAGUGACGAUGGCAGAGAGCUCGCACUGUUUCUACUGUCGGGAGGACCUUGGGGGGAAGAGGUUCAUCCGCAGCGAGGGCAAGCCGGUGUGCGUCCGCUGCCACACCAAGUUCUGUGCCAACAACUGUGCCGAGUGCCAUCGACCCAUCUCUGUGGAAACAAAGGAGCUCAGUCAUAAGGGCCGAUACUGGCAUGAGGAGUGUUUCCGUUGUACCAAGUGUUACAAGCCUCUGGCCAAGGAGCCCUUCAGCACCAAGGAGGACCGCAUCAUGUGUGGGAAGUGCUGCUCCAGAGAGGACGCUCCACGCUGCCACGGUUGCUAUAAACCCAUACUGGCUGGCACAGAAAGCGUGGAGUACAAAGGAAACUCAUGGCACGAUGAAUGUUUCGUCUGCUGCAACUGUAAACGACCAAUAGGAUCGCUGAGUUUCCUCUCCAAAGGAACUGACAUUUACUGCAGCCCCUGCCAUGACAAGAAGUUUGCCAAACACUGCUUCAGCUGCAAAAAGCCGAUAACCUCUGGAGGAGUGAACUACCAGGACCAGCCGUGGCACAGCCACUGUUUCGUGUGCAGCUCCUGCUCAAAGCCUCUGGCAGGAACGAGUUUCACCAACCACCAGGACCAGGUCUUCUGUGUCGACUGCUACAAGAACUCUGUGGCUAAGAAAUGCAGCGGCUGCCAGAACCCCAUCACAGGUUUCGGUAAAGGCGUGAACGUGGUGAACUACGAGGGCAGCUCUUGGCACGAAUACUGCUUCAACUGUAAGAAAUGCUCCCUCAGUCUGUCCAACAAGCGUUUCGUAGCCAAGGGGAGAGACAUCCUCUGCACCGACUGUGGAAACAAGUAGAGAUGGAGAGUUUGGUUGUUUUCUCACAGCACAUGUCAUCAGCUGUCACAUCCUUUUUCAAAAUAUAGUCAUUAUGUUACUUUGUUUGUUUUUACAUAAAGGCCAGAGUCUUCAUUUCAAUUUCAUUAUCAAGUUGUGUUUUUGGAAGAUUACACAUGAAUCGAUAGGAGGGUUGGGACCAAAAUGUAGUUUAUGUCCAUUGUUGGUUGUUUGCUGUGGUUGGAGAAUGUUAAUCCUAACACAACUUACACUGUGUUGAGUGAUGGUAGAUGACUAGUUUUGUCCUAAAAAGUGAGAAAAUGAGAAGCACUGAAGACAAAUCCUCAAUGAUCAUACAGUAUAUGUAGCGAGGUUUGAUAGUUUUUUUCUUUGACGGACUUGUAUCAAACUAAAUAUGAUACUAAAAUAUGUAUAAAAACAAUGUAAUCAGGUUGAGCUUCAAGAAUAGACAACUAGCUACAUUUUUCAACAUAAUGUCCAACUUGCUCAUUUCUAAAGCUUUCAACCACGUCUUCCGCUAGACACCACGAGAUGUGAAAGCUUCAGAACAAGUUGGACCAUGUGUGGAGAAUUAGUUUUUGUAAUAAAUGUGACAUGGGGUUUUGAAGUACAAAUAGUAGUACAUCAGCUAUACUGAGGUUAUGAUGCCACAUAUGAAUCUCCACAUCAAGUAAAACACUGAUUUUAAAAAGGCCAGUUUUCUUACACACAGACUUCUUUUCAUGAGCUGACGGUAGUGUGAGUCGUCACUUUCAGUCAACACGGUGUAUGCUUAAGUGUUAGCAUAAGCAAGAGGUUAGCUUGUUUUUUUUUUUUUUUUUAAAGUUGAGAAACGGAUGCUUGUAAGUUGAAGUUUGGAGACAUACAUUUGAAAUCAAUAUAUUAUUUGGGAUUGUUUUAACUGUAAGAAAAGUAUCUGCUUAUGUUAGUGGCUUGUGUGCUUGUUUUUUUUCUCUUUUUGAAAGGUGAUAUUUUCUUAUGACAAAAAAAUAGUGAUUUUUAAAAGAAUUCAUUAAAAUUAUAUCUAUAUUUUAACUGCUAAGUGCCAAAGGAUUACUAUGCUUAUAGUAUGUUUUAAGUGACUGAACUUUUAUGCACUUUUCUGAAACAUUUCCCUUCUGUCAGUUUUGCUUAAAUUGGAAUAUAUGCAAACUGCAUGCCUUAAUGUGUUGCUGGAUUGAAAUAAACUUCCUA